AUGCAAGAUCCCGUAAAUUUUCCCUCUACAGUGGAGUAUUCAACCACGCAGGAAAUUGCAGUUCGUCUAUUGAACAAGUUACAAGCUCAAAACGCCGGUUUUCAAUUAAAUUUUGACAUGAGAGCCAAUUCCCUUCCGAGAGACUAUCCUUCUAGCAGCAUUACGGAACAGGCAACCUCUCUUCUAUCCAAUCCAUGGGCUGUUUUCCCUUCUAAUGCAUUUAUUGCAGCCGCAGCCGCUGCAACUUUUUCAUUGAAGUCGGCCCCAACUUGCCAGCGUGAAACCGAGUCUUCCAACAAUUCACCUUCAGAAAUUAAUCCGUUUAUUGAGAAGGCAAUCUCAGAACAGGCUCUUCUUUCGUUAUCUCAACAAUCUGCUCCCUUUAAGUGCGAUAUUCCGCUAAAUCAGGAGAUCGAUACUGAUCAUUGGUACGUCAAACUCGAUCUGAAUACCCUGAAGUUUAACACACUUUUUCCACCGCAAUCUGCGAAUCAAUAA